AUGCGGGAAGGGCAGCGACUAGCAGGGGCGGCAGUCACCACUGAGACGGAGGUGAUCUGGCAGAAGGCGUUGCCAGCUGGAACUUCAGCCCAGCGAGCUGAACUGAUUGGCCUGACCCAGGCUCUGCGUCUAGCAGAAGGUAAGACCGCUAAUAUCUACACCGACAGCAGGUAUGCUUUCGCCACCGCUCACAUCCACGGAGCCAUUUACAAAGAGCGUGGCCUCCUCACUGCCGGUGGGAAGGAAGUUAAGAACAAGGAAGAGAUCCUGGCCCUCUUGGAAGCUAUAUGGCUCCCCGCUAAGGUAGCCAUAAUACGUUGCCGAGGGCAUCAGAAAGGUGAGUCACCCAUCAUCAGGGGAAACGAUUUGGCUGCCGUCGCUGCUCGGAAAGCUGCGGAGGGAGAAGUAGUUGUUCUUCCACUCAUUCCACGCCUCGAAAUCCCCCCAAAACUUAUCUACACCCCUGAAGAAGAGCAAGUUGGUCUAAAGGCAGGGGGAGUUAAGAACUCUAAAGGGCAAAUUGUGUUACCUGACUCCAAGAUCUUCCUUCCCCAAGGGGUCUUAAGGACAAUAGCCCAAGAGUUGAAUGCGAGCACCCACCUGGGCCAGAUCAGAUUAGAACAGUUAAUAAAGAAAUAUUAUACAGGGUCAAAGUUAAGAGAUACAGUUCAGUCAAUAACCACUAGAUGUCAGACAUGCGCUAAGGUAAAUGCCCAGAAUAAGAAGUAUCCUCCCCUGGUAAGGUACCGAGGUAAGAGUCCAGGUGAGUUAUGGGAAGUAGAUUUCACUGAAAUGGGACCAGGAAAAUCUGGGUAUAAGUAUCUCUUAGUAUUAGUAGACACUUACUCAGGUUGGACUGAGGCCUUCCCCACUAAGGGGGAGACCGCUUCCGUUGUAUGCAAACUACUCCUGAGAGAAAUUAUCCCCAGAUAUGGGCUUCCAUUAGUUAUUGGCUCAGAUAAUGGCCCGGCCUUUGUCUCAAAGGUCUCCCAAGAAUUGGCCAGCAAAUUACUGAUUGAAUGGAAGCUCCAUUGUGUUUAUAGACCCCAGAGUUCAGGACAAGUAGAAAGAAUGAACAGAACUCUAAAAGAGACUAUUAUUAAAUUAAAAGAAGAGACUGGCGAAAACUGGGUCGAGCUUCUUCCUUUUGCCUUAUUCCGGGUAAGGUGUACCCCUUACGUGGGGUCUUGGACCCCAUAUGAAAUCAUGUUUGGGCAACCUGUUCCCAUAAUACCAAAAUUCUCAGUUGAGGAGAUAGCCAACUCCAACUUUAACUACCUUAAGUCCCUCCAGGCUCUACAGCAGAUACGAAAAGAGGUUCGGUCUCUACGACACCAGCCCCCAGCUGAGACGACCCAGUGGCCUACUCCUCCUGAACCGGCCAGUGGGUGUGGAUCCUCAACCACCGGCGAGGAAACCUGGAGCCACGGUGGGUCGGCCCCUUCCAGGUCCUGCUCAGCACCCUCUCCGCAGUGCGAGUUGCAGAAAAACCCUACUGGAUUCAUCUAUCACACACAGAGCCAGCUCAGCCUCCUAGGGAACAUCAAGACACAUGGCGAGUCAGCAGAGAUCACGAGCGACCGCUGCGCCUAAUGUUCCUAAAACAGUAAGACUGUUCUCGAUUAUAGUGACUCUGUCCAUGAACCACGGGAAAGCUCUAAGCCAAGGCCUAGAACAGCAGGAGUGGGUACUCAUAAGGACAGCAGAUGGCACAGUCAUUGCCACUAAUUUUACUUGGGAUACAGGCCCAGUGACUCUACAUGCAGACUUCUCCAAGUUUUUCGAUAACCAUUUCUGUGACUCCCCUGCUGCUUGGAGACACACUGAUUGGGGGCGACUAGGAGAUGAAACAGGAUAUGCAAUGGGAGCCGUUACCAACUGUGACUCAAAUAUAAAGAAUAAAGCCCUUUUUCAGACCCCGUUUUACGGGUGUCCAGAACCCCCAGUAGGAAGGAGGAGAACCUGUGGGUCCCAUGGAGAUUUCUACUGUAAAGCAUGGGGUUGUGAGACUCUCACCGAUGGGGGGUGGAGUCCCGGAGCGGGGAAGGAUAAAGCUAUCACCCUCUUAAGGGAUAAGAGACGAAAACCUGCGGGCGGAUGGGAUCAGAACUGCGCCACAAACAAUUGCAACCCAACUGUCAUAACUGUUUUAAACCCCAAAGACCCCGAGUGGGUGAGAGGGCGAACCUGGGGCAUCCGCCUGUAUGUCGCGGGGAGAGACCCAGGAACCUUCUUCACUGUAAAGAGAUUACCCACCAGGGGAAGGCCCCUCCUGAGAGGAGCGGCGGGCAGGCUGCCACCUCGCCCGCCCAGUCCAACUGCAGGCCUAGCAGCUACGCGCUCUCCUGACCUAAAAGGAACCGGACCCCCUCCCGGGGAAACUGAGGCCCCAGCACAGCCUAGAGAGGAAGAAGAGAACCCCAGGCCACCCCUCCGUAGCCCACCACCCCUGGUAGGCAGGCCUCAUCAUCAAGGAGAGCCGGCCCUUAAGCCUCUUAGAACAGGUGUUUCCAUAUUUUAACCAUACCAUGCCAAACAUUACUGAGUCCUGUUGGUUAUGCCUUAGCCCAAGGCCCCCAUUCUAUGUUGGCCUGGGGGUCAACUCCUCCGCAGGGGGAAAUAACACUCCCAUCACAAUGCAACUUCCCCCAGGGCAAAGACAGGUGAAAGGUCUCGAACAAUGUGAAUUUGAAGGUACCAUCACCUUGGCAGAGUUUCGUGGGCAGGGAACCUGUUACUUGUUAGCUAAUUUCACCCUCAACAAUUCGAAUUAUGCAGAUUACUGUCUCAACCAAGUACACAUACCGGAGACCCCAGGAACAUUGACUAUAACAAGAGCCCCAGAAGGGCUAUGGUUUAUACGUACCCAAGGUAUUUUUAAAUGUCUAGUUCCUACUAACCCAGAACUUUGUGUUAGUGCAUAUAUUGUUCCCCAAGUAUACCUAUAUGGAGGGGACCCAAACUUUGUGCUACGACCCCCUUCCAGAGUCAAGCGGACUCCAUUGCUCAUACCCAUAGCUGCCACUAUUGGCAUAAUUGGAUCAGCAGCUGUUGGAGCGGGGGCACUAAUCCAUGGGGAGAAUAACCUUAGACAGUUAUCGCAGACAUUCUCUAAAGACGUCUCCCUGCUCCAGGAACAAGUAAUGUACCUAGAACGCCAAGUAGACUCCUUAGCUGAGGUAGCACUUCAGAACCGAAGGGGGCUCGAUCUUGUGUUUCUUCAACAAGGAGGACUAUGGCAGCCUUAGGAGAAGAGUGCUGUUUUUAUGCCAACCAUUCGGGGGUAAUCAGAGAAAGCAUAAAAAUGCUAACCAAAAGACUAAAAGAAAGAGAACAAGAGGAAGAGACCUCUUCGUGGUAUGCCUCUCUGUUUAAAGCUUCCCCUUGGCUGACCACGCUCGUAUCAGCGCUAGUCGGCCCUGUGCUUCUCCUAUUGCUUGCCCUAACUAUAGGACCUUGGAUUGUAAACAAAAUCUUUGCUUUUAUUAGAGAUAGAAUUGAUGCCAUUAAACUUAUGGUAUUGUCCCAACCAUAUACCAUCCUGCCUCAAGAUGACCAGCAGUCAGUGGUUUAACUGCUAAACCUCCGGUUUAACUGGAGGGGGGAAUGUAAUAGCCAUUACUAGUGGAAACAUACAGACAGCCGUUAGGCAUCUGCAGUUCCUGGAACUGGGCAAUGAACAAACAUCUGGGAACGGUAGGGUUCAAAGUCCUAGCCAAAUAAGGUAACUAACCAGGGCCCGCCAGAAGAUGCCCGCCAGCAUCAGCACCCACCAAUCAGGGACCUUCGCCGUUUUCAACUUAGCAAAUAGCUAACCGUUACAUCUGCUUCUGUAAGCCCGCGCUUGCUUAUUCUGCCCUAUAAAAGCCCCGUAGUCUGUAAGCCAGGCGCGACUUCCAUCUGGUAGCUCUGAGUAGCUACGUGGCUCCGGUCACAUCUGGGAAGUUCGCCCCUGCCCAGGUAAAGCUUGGCCAAAGAUUUUUUCAUUUGACCCCUUGGCAAAAAAAAAAUUAAAUUCUUCCAAACUAA